AUGCAACAGCGAAUCGCAACAGCCGGUCCGCCCGCUAACCAGUCUGUGGAAAAGGAGGAGAAUCUCCAAAAUCUAUCUAAAAUUGCUUACGUGUUAGUCCUGUACACGAUUCAAUUAACGCGUGGUGGUUCGGGGACACAAUUCGCGUCACAUGUUAGCUUCAACUCGCCCGCACGCAGUUUCACUCACGGGGUCGGCGACCCGAUACCAGUGUUGGAACGACGGGUCUACCAGCGUCAUCAGAACCCAUCAUUAAAGAGAUUGCGAAGACCAAUAUCACAAACGCAUGGCGGCUACCCCCGACAGAAACCAACGAUACCAUUCCAGGCUGAAGAACUGCCACAAGGUCAUAGUGUAGGCACUCCUUACCAUCUAAACGACUAUAUGGGUGUUACUAUACAAGUACUGCCGCCGUCACCGUAUAAAGUGGAUUCGCCGGAUCCGGAAUCUUUAUGGCCAAUUGGAUUAUUUUUACCACCUCUGAUUCCUCUAAAUUAUGGCACUUUACGGAGAUCUGAUAAAGAAAGUCUGACAAAGGCUGAUGAUUCGAAUAAUGAAGAUCCAUAUCUCCUGGAGGGCUCUGAAGCCAUCGCAGCAGUUGCGAAGUCUACGCGUCACGGCCACCUGUACUUUCACGACAUUCCUCAUAUUAAUUCACUAAUCGCCAAUCAAGAACUUCGAAUAAAAAACAAUCUGAAGCCUCACCGAAUCGCAAGCAUAAGAAAAACGUGGCCAUAUAACAGACCUUAGUACAAAUAAAAGAAAAUAAUAUCUUUAAUUGUAUAUUUGUAUACUUUUAUACACUGUAUUAUAAAAUACUCAUUCUUAUAAUUAUCUACUAUACAUGCAUUUAUAAAAAUAUAUAAAAAAUACCUCAACUUUAA